CGAGGACAUCAGAACUGGGAUGCCCCUGUCUUCUCUCUUCAGGGAUGCCUUGCUUCACAUGCAACUUUUGUCUGCUAUGCUGUUUCUAAACGGGGAAAACACUAAAAAUAAGAAGUCAGCGAGGUGGAUUGGGUGAUCAGGUGCAUUUCUCUUUUGGGAGAGAUGGUCCUGGUCAUGAAACUUCUGUUCCUCACCUGCCUAUGGCCAACAGCAGUGCUGCACAGUUCUCACAGUCAGCAUCACCGUCUUCAUCGUCGACAACAAAUGCCACUCUCGAGAAAACAUAACAGCAAACGAGAAAUUAAAAUGAGGAAAAUUGACAGCACAAAGGUCCGACCACUUAAGACUGAGCAGCUUCUUCACAUAGAGGACCACGACUUUGCACUGAGACCGGGAUUUGGAGGGUCGCCAAUACCUGUGGGCAUUGAUGUGCAGGUGGAGAGCAUUGACAGCAUAUCUGAAGUUGACAUGGACUUCACCAUGACUUUGUACCUCAGACACUACUGGAAGGACGAGAGACUCUCAUUCCGUAGCAACAAAAACAAAAGCAUGACUUUCGACGGCCGGCUGAUAAAAAGGAUCUGGGUGCCUGACGUGUUUUUUGUGCACUCCAAAAGAUCUUUCAUCCAUGAUACAACUGUGGAGAACAUCAUGCUCCGAGUGUACCCCGAUGGCAACGUCCUCUUCAGUCUGAGAAUAACAGUUUCUGCUAUGUGCUUCAUGGAUUUCAGUAGGUUUCCUCUGGACACACAGAACUGUUCUUUAGAACUGGAAAGCUAUGCGUACAAUGAAGACGACCUGAUGUUGUACUGGAAACAUGGCAACAAGUCCCUGAGCACAGAUGAGCACAUCUCCCUCUCCCAGUUCUUCAUUGAGGAAUUCAGUGCUUCCAGUGGACUUGCUUUUUACAGCAGUACUGGUUGGUACAAUCGACUUUUUAUCAACUUUGCACUCCGCAGACAUAUUUUCUUUUUUGUGCUACAAUCCUAUUUCCCAGCCAUGCUGAUGGUGAUGCUGUCUUGGGUUUCCUUUUGGAUUGAUAGAAGAGCUGUUCCUGCCAGGGUGUCAUUAGGUAUAACUACAGUGCUGACAAUGUCGACCAUCAUGACAGGAGUAAGUGCCUCAAUGCCUCAAGUGUCUUACAUAAAGGCUGUGGAUGUGUAUUUAUGGAUCAGCUUCCUUUUUGUCUUCCUGUCAGUCAUCGAGUACGCAGCAGUGAACUAUCUCACCACAAUUGAAGAGAGAAAACAACUCAAAAAAAGGGGCAAGGCUUCAGGAAUGUACAGCAUGGACGCAGUGCAAGCGAUGGCUUUCGACGGCUGCUUCCACGACACGGAUGUGGACAUGGAGCUGCCUCCCUUCCCAGACCCCUGUGAGGAGAAUGAGACCAGGGCAAGUCAAACCAACAUCUCCAACGCGGACACACCUCGCCUGAAGAGAUCUCUGAAGGGAAGCGUGGGCAGGAUUAUUUUACAGAACAAUCACGUUAUUGACACGUAUUCCAGGAUUAUAUUUCCCAGUGUAUAUAUUGUGUUCAACUUUUUUUACUGGGGUUUGUACAUAUGA